AUGUAUCCCGGACCCUUACAUGGCUUUAAUGACAAAACCGCGAAGGUUGUCUUACAGCUCAUGGAGGGGUACCUGGAUACAGGGCAUGUUCUCGUUAUGGACAAUUGGUAUAACCAAUUGCUCUUAACGAGAUAUCUUAAAAGCCGGUGUACAGAUGUAUUGGGCACGAUAAGCCGCCGGCGAAAGGGGAUACCACAUGCUAUAAAGUAUUUGAACCCGAAGCAGCUGGAGCGUGGGGUGUCUGUAGGUAGACAUUGCGGUGACAUCGCGUUGGUGGCGUGGAAAGACGUCAAACUUGUCACCGUUUUGUCUACCUACCACCAACAUGAGAUGGUACCGGGAAGACGUGCUGGACAGGUGGUCCUGAAGCCAACAGUGGUUCAGGAGUACAACCGAUACAUGGGAGGCGUAGACUUGAAAGAUCAAAAGUUGUCUAUGUUCUUGUUAGAACGGAAAAGAAACCGGAAAUGGUACAUGAAAGUGUUUAAAAUGCUGUUAAACACCAGUCUUUUAAACGCUUUCAUUAUUUAUUUGCGGAACCCCAUGUAUCGCAUGUAUUCUCACCGCCAGUUUAGGCUGAAGGUCGCCGAAGGGCUAUUGAGCCGAUACCCACGCGUUUCCUCGGUGCCACCCAGAGUACCGAAUCAACUGCAACGGCUUGUUCUUCGUUUGGAACCGGGGAAUCACUUCCCUAUUUAUACGGAAGCUGAUUCGAGGCCGGGAAAAAAGAAUCGCAAGCAAUUGCGUUGUGUUCGGUGCACUGCUCUAAAAAAACGGGUUGUGGUCAUAGUUAUGUGCAAAUUGUGCCAAGUCCCGUUAUGUUUAGGGAAAUGUUGGGAGGACUACCACACCGUGGAAAAUUUGUAA